CGAUGAUGAGUUGAUAGAAUUUAGAUAAUAAAUUAUUCAUUAUAAAAGUUCGAAGGUGAAGAAUCGGGGGACAUGGAUUUACUACCUUCAUCAAACGAUAUAAUUUUUGCAUCGUCUCAGUAUGGUUCCAUGGCCAUGAUUCUCCAAAAAUAUAUGAUAGACAUAAAAACUGAAUUAGAAAAACGUUCAAAAAAAUAUUUGGAAAACUUGUCUCAAAGAAAUAUAAGUGAUGAAAAUUUUGAAAAAAUGUUGAAAUUGAUAUGUUUUGAAAUGGGACAAUGUUUUACUGAAUUUGAGUUUUAUUGGAGAGCAAUCAUACUCAAAACAUUCUUCUAUCCCAGUAACUAUCUACACGUUUUAAGAUCACCUCUAAAAAUAGAUAAACAAUAUAACAAAAUUCCGAUACACAAUAUUACAUUUCCAAUGCGAAGCGAAGAAUAUCAAUUAUCUUUUAUGUUGCAUGAAAUGAGAAAGAAAUUAAAACCAAGAUGUACAGGUAGACAUUUAAUGAAACAUACCGUGUGUGGAAAUGGAAAUCAUUGAAUAUAGCGUAUCUAAAAUACAAUAUUUCCCUUCUCACGGAAUGUAAUUUAAUUAUAAAAUUGUAACUAAGAGAAUCUGUAGUGAUGAACUAUUGUAAAAUGAGAAAUGAGAUAUCUUCAUUAUGUGGAUCCAUUGAAAAAUUUUUAGAAGUUACAGAUAAAAAAAAUAAUGCAGAAUGAAUGAAUUGUGUAAUUUGAAUUUUUAAAAAUAUAAUAUUUUAUUUUUUUUACCAGAGUUGUUUAUAUAAAGUCUAAAAUGUAUUUUUAA